CAGCAAAAACUUGUGACAAGACGUUUUGAAAUGGUCAGCAGCCUACUUCGAACGCAGAUUGUCUUGGGGAAAGUAGCUGAAACAGCAACGUUGCCCGUCAUUGUUCCUUUGCGUGUUCGGGGACUUGACGCCCUAGUAUGCACGUCCCUACCCGUAUAUGAUUCGCUGGCCGCGCCUGUGCGCGUGUCGCGUUGCGAAAUACGACAAAGUCAGAAGGCAUGCAUUUGCUGGUUGGAUUUCUCAGCCCAUCUCUUACGUAGCAGUUGUUGCUUCGCUGCCACGCAGCCAUGCCGGCAUCUCAGACGGCCGAGCAGCAGGCUAGCACGAGGCCAACGUGUCAUGGAGAGCUGUUCUUCAUGUACGACCAAACCGCCAUGCAUGGCGAGGAGGGACAGCUGGACGAAGCGGUCCUCUACUAUUACCCAGAGAAUGAGUUCAAGGGCGACAUGCUAGAUUCAAUUGAGACGCAGCAUCGGAUAAUGCAGAUGAUGGGUGUCAGUCAAGCGCUGGUGGAUCUGAGUGGUGAAAUGCCCACACUUGUGACGUUUCGAAAGGAGCAAAUAGCCCUGCGCCACUGGGGUAGAUACACGCUGGCGUUGUCUGCACCACUGAAGGAGUCAUCCUAUCGCCUGCAACGCUUACUGGACAAGCUCUUCGAUGUCUUUACGUUCUUUCAUGGCAGUCUGGAGCGAGUACAUCUGCAAGCGCAGAAAGACCUGGACACGUUCCGCUACUUGGUCUCGACCAUCUGGUCGUGCUACCUACCGUUUGUACGUCGCUUUGGCAGCAGCACUGCAUCACUCUUCCAUCCGUUACCUUACGUACCUCUACCAAAGAGAGAGGGACAUCUCUUCUUGCAGGCUAGUCAUAUCUUGCAGUCGGGUCAGCGCUUACCCUCGGUGCUUGGUGGUGCGAUUCUCUUCCAAAGCCGGAUCCUGUGCACGCAGCUUGAGCCAAUCUUGACUCACCACUGUCUAUCACUGAUGUUCUCACCAGAGAGAUCUGAGGAUGACAGCCCUGUCGAUCACCCGGGGAUUCCCCUCCCCACUGCAAUCGGCGACCGCAUACCGUCCAGCGUACGCCUGCUCAACGUGUUUGUGACGGCGGAGCAGUACGACUUGCUGUGCCAGGCGUCGCUCGGCGUGCUCGGCGCUGCGGCCUGCAUGUCGCGCGCCAGUUCAUCGACGCCCAGUGCCAGCAGCCGCUCUACCUGUCAUAGUGGAGUGUCCACUGGUGGUGGAGGUGGUGAAAGCAGUGAUGUGUUUGUGUCGCUGUCAUCCUCUAUCUCCAGUAUUCCACUAACUGCCUCUGGCCGUUCGUCUGGACUUGAGUCACGGAGCUUGACUCCGCCGUCACCGCUCAGUUCUAGAUCAUCGUCUCCGUGGACAAGCGGGCAGCUGUCACGCUCCGCGUCCUCGGCUGCCGGCAAUGGCAGCAGACCACGUUUGGUUUCCAACUGGAUGAGUGAAGGACGGGGACCAACCUCAAGUGAGCAAAGUCCAAACUCGCCACGGCAUUAUAUACCGGAGGAUGUUUCUCCGACCAUGGGUUAUCUCAGGAGGCAUCCCGGUCAUGGCACAAUGGGACGUGGAUUAGAGAACGCGCUCAGGUAGCCUGU